UUUAAAUCGGGGCUCCGCUGUUUUCCCUGACGUCGCGUCCAGGAAAAUAAAUCAAGUUAGGAUCACAGUACAAGCGGCGGAGGAAAUAAGAGACUUUGAAAGGCAGACAUGUUCCGCAAUCAGUACGACAACGAUGUGACGGUAUGGAGCCCACAGGGCCGUAUUCAUCAAAUCGAGUAUGCUAUGGAGGCGGUGAAGCAGGGUUCUGCAACUGUAGGACUCAAAUCCAAAACUCAUGCAGUCCUGGUUGCACUAAAGAGAGCCCAGUCUGAACUGGCUGCCCACCAGAAGAAGAUCCUCCAUGUCGACAACCACAUCGGCAUCUCCAUCGCUGGACUGACUGCUGAUGCUAGACUGCUCUGUAAUUUCAUGCGUCAGGAGUGCUUGGACUCAAGAUUUGUCUUCGACAGGCCCCUACCUGCGUCACGUCUUGUCUCUCUUAUUGGCAGCAAAACCCAAAUCCCAACACAGAGGUAUGGAAGGAGGCCCUAUGGUGUAGGACUUCUAAUUGCUGGCUAUGAUGACAUGGGACCUCACAUCUUCCAGACCUGCCCAUCAGCCAACUACUUUGACUGCAAAGCCAUGUCCAUCGGAGCACGCUCUCAGUCUGCACGAACCUACCUGGAGAGAUGCAUGGACAAGUUUCAUGACUGUAAUCUGAACGAUCUGGUCCAACAUGGCCUCCGUGCUCUCAGAGAAACCCUCCCGGCUGAGCAGGAUCUUACUACCAAGAAUGUUUCUAUCGGUAUUGUGGGGAAGGACAUGGAGUUUGUCAUUUAUGACGAUGAUGAUGUCGCCCCGUUCCUGGAGGGACUGGAGGAGAGGCCACAGAGAAAGGUUGCCCAGCCGGCAGAUGAACCCGCUGCUGGACCGGCAUCUGAUGAGCCAAUGGAGCACUGAGGCAGUCCUGUCAAUUUACUUCCUGUUAUCAAAGGGGCUGGGCUCAAACCAACCUGACACUGCAACUCACCAGAGUACUAACUCUUAGAGGGGAAAGUUCUUGUUAUGUGCCACUUGCUAAACUGUUAAAUUCAAAAUAUUCUCUGCUGACAUCAACCAAUGUGAUGUUGCUUUUGUAUGAGUAAAGUGUACCAUUAUACAAGGAAUAAACUCUUUUUUUGAA